CAGUGAUAGAACUAUGUAGGGUUAAGAGAUUUAUUGGAGUUGUUUCAUCCAUUAUCAUUGUUUUUAUUUUUUAAAGUGAAAUGAAAUGGAGUACUUACGCCCAGUAUGGAAUUGUUUAAGAACAUUUUGCGGAUGUAUACAUUGUUCAGAAGAUAUUGGAAAUCAGUAUAACUAUGAGCCAAGUGAACGGACUUACCUACUAGCUGAUCCUGCUAUUCAUAAUAGUCCAGCUUUAAGGCAAACUAAUUCUGAAAAUCUUAGCAACGAGUUUGCACAAUCAUUGCCUAAAAAAGAUGAGAAUGCUUUAUGUCGCUUAGUGCAAAGUACAGCUAUGAACAUGAUUGAUGUGGGUGCUAUGGAUUUACAUAAUCUUGAAAAUGAAGAGUACAAUGAUCGAAUAAAGCUAUAUUCUCAACGCCUGCAGCAACAAUGGAAUAGUAUUCAACACCCUGAAAAAGGAGCCUCAGGGUUCCUAAGAGAUAUACCAAAUGCAAACGAUCAAUUAUGUGUGAUGAAUUCAACAGACGAUUUGUUGCAGAUGUCAAAUUUUCUACGUGAAGGUCACGCUGCAUUGUUAAAUUUGCGAGUCGAUCACAACGAAGCGAUAGUUGUGCCAUUUAGAAUACCAUAGUGAUGUUUUUCUACUAAUCUUCCGUUAUAAAGAGAAAUAAUAAUAAUUAUCAAAAAUUAAA